UUAGCCUUGGAUAUCUGUGAUUGGCUGCAGGGGUUUGCGUAAAUUUAGGCAAAUAUGGCGGCCACCAUAGUGAGAAACAUCGGGUCUAAGCUAAGCAGGAAUGUGAGAGAGAUCAGGAUUCACCUGUGUCAGAGGUCGGCGGGCAGCCAGGGGGUCAGAGAUUUCAUUGAGCAGAACUAUGUCGCACUCAAAAAGGCAAAUCCAGAAUUUCCUAUACUGAUCAGAGAAUGUUCUGAAGUUCAACCCAAACUGUGGGCAAGAUAUGACUUUGGGAAAGAAGUGAGCAUCCCACUUCAGAAUCAGUCUGCUGACCAAGUGGCCAAAGCCUUGGAGUCUGUUGUGAACAGCAAGCAGUGACACAACCAGUCUGUAGUGAAGCAGAAGAUGAAAUCGUCACCUAUUGGACUGUGCUCAAUCUAAGAAAAGAAAUCCAUCCAUGCAUGUGAAAAUCACUUUAUUACAAAAAUAUGAACAAUUAUUCUUUGUGGGCUGAAUAAAAACUACUGUACAGAGA